AGCUGGCACUUUAUUCUGUCUUUGUUUUAGCUCAAUAAUAARCGCUUUGAGGGAAGUUGCGUUUUUUGUUUUGGGUUUAUAAACGCCAAAUAUAAUUGUGUUUAUCACGGGAUGAGUUCAAUAUAAAUCAGAGUUAAUUUAAUUUGAUUUGAGGACAACCACAGUUGCAAAUAGCUGAGCUUUGGUUUUAUUUUGAACAGAUAGGCCGGUGGUGCUGCAGUCAGCGUAGGGAGGUUACUCCGUCAUUAGCGGAGAGAGGAGGGGACUGCGCAAAAAACCACGGUCCGGAUUUGUGCCUGUCUGACGUCAUGGGGAUCCACAGUCCUCUGUGACAGACUCCACACCGGGAGGGAUAAGCGGGGGGAGAACCGUGCGCGUUAUUAUUAUUAUUUUUUUUUUUACGGCUCUCAUUGUGCGCCUCCCCGCUGUCGUUUUCCGCUUCACGACCAGGUUUACUCUCCACCGGGSGAGGGAUAAGCAGCCAGACAACAACUAAUCCCCCGGAACGGUCAUAUUAUUGACGGACGGAGGGGGCAGCGGACAGAAAUGGCACGGACUGGAUUAAAUGAUCGGGAAUAAAAAGAGACGCAGCGCCUAUUAAUAGAAAUCAAAUAAACAGUGAAUAAAAAACGGGCACCCUGAGGUGUUAUGCCCCCGUUAAGCCGCGUGCUCUUCUGUGUUUGACUGGAAAUGGGCGCUUUAACGAGCAGGCAGAACAUCGGUGUGGAAGAGGUGGACAUUCCGUCCAGUUCGGUGUAUCGUUAUCCGCCGAAAUCCGGGAGCUACUUCGCCAACCAUUUCAUCAUGGGAGGAGAGAAGUUCGACUCCACCCACCCGGAGGGUUACCUGUUCGGGGAAAACACGGAUCUCAACUUCCUGGGCAGCAGACCAGUAGCAUUCCCGUACGCGGCUCCUCCACCUCAGGAACCAGUGAAGACGCUGCGAAGCCUUAUAAACAUUCGAAAGGACACCCUGCGGCUCGUCAGGUGCAGCGAGGACCUGAAGCUMCCGGGCGAUGAGGUGGCGGGGAAGAACCGGGCCUGCUACAACGUAGAGUUCACCUUUGAUGCCGACACACAGGUGGCCAUCACCAUUUACUACCAGGCUAUAGAGGAGUUUCACAACGGUGUGCCAGUUUACCUUCCACAGGACAGCUCCCUGCAGUCAGAGACGGUCCAUUUCAAACGGGGGGUGUCCCAGCAGUUCUGCCUGCCCUCGCACACCGUCAACCUGAGCGAGUGGGCCGACGACGAGCUGCUGUUCGACAUGGACAAGGAGGUCUUCCCCAUGGUUGUUCAGGCUGUCGUGGACGAAGGAGAAGAACAUUUGGGCCACUCUCACAUCCUGCUGGCUACAUUUGAAAAGCACAUGGAUGGGAGUUACUGUGUAAAGCCUCUGAAGCAGAAACAAGUGGUGGAUGGAGUGAGUUACCUGCUGCAGGAGAUAUAUGGGAUCGAGAACAAAUACAACAGCCAGGAAUCAAAGGUUUCUGAAGAUGAGAUCAGUGACAACAGCGCCGAGUGUGUUGUGUGUUUGUCUGAUGUGCGAGACACUCUCAUCCUGCCGUGCAGACAUUUAUGUCUCUGCAACGCCUGCGCAGACACGCUGCGCUACCAGGCCAACUGCUGUCCCAUCUGCAGGCUGCCUUUUAGAGCUUUGCUGCAGAUCCGAGCCAUGAGGAAGAAGCUCAGUCCUCUGACGCCAACCAGCUUUAACCCCGUCAUCACCUCGCAGACUUCAGACUCCGAGGAGCACUCUGCGUCGGAGCACGUCCCUCCGGGUUACGAGGCCGUGUCUCUCCUGGAGGCGCUGAACGGGCCACUGAACACCUCCUCGGUGGUCCCGCCUCCGCUCCACUCGGGCCCCAGCCACGUCGCCGGGGUUCUGCCGCCGUACAGCAGCGAGCCCCACCCAGCGCCGGCCCGCUCCGUCUCGCCUCUCGACCAGUCCAACUCCAGUCAGGGGCUGAAGCUGAAGAAGAGCGGCUCAAAAUCACUUUCCCAGAAUUCCUCUGUGCUUCCUGAAGAGGAGGAUGAGAAGUCGUGCAGCGAGUCAGACGCCUGUCGCCACAAACUGGUUGUGGAUCAGCAGGAGAAUGGAGUGACUCCAGACAGCGAGAACCUGACUCUGUCCUCGUCUGGAGCCAUCGAUCAGUCCCCGUGCACCGGUACUCCACUCUCCUCUACCAUCACCUCCCCUGAAGACCCCGUGAGCAGCAGCCUGGCCCAGUCUGUCAUGUCCAUGGCCUCGUCGCACUCCCAGCACUCCCACAUCAGCGCUGACACCAUGUCCUCCAUGUCAGGGUCCUACCUGGCCGGGGCCGAGGGCGAGCCCGUCGGGGACGAGGGUGAAGAUGGGGUGGAGGAGAACCAGGACGCCCCCAUGGAGAGCCGAGGACCGCUGCAGCAGGAGGCGGACCUUUCUAAGGAGACAAAGGGACAAAACUACUCGUUGGCUGCGGAGGAGCAAGAUUCAGAGGGAAAUGAUGUCACUGAAGAGGACUGCCCCUCCCCUUCUAAUGGGAAAGGUGGGCGGAGCAGGUGUCCAGAGUUGGCCAAUAACAAUCAGGGCGUCGCCCACUGUGACACGCCCUCUUUGGGGU